UUUUACAACUGCUCAAAAUUUGCAGUUUAAAACUGGUUUCAGCGUCCAGUCAGAACGAUGACCCUAAGGGCCACCUCUCAUGGAGAGCUCCAGAAUCUGACUUCAAUGAAGACCUAUGGUUCAGACAGCGGUAGUUUUAAGUCUCUUUCUCACAGCAGCAACAACAUGGGGGGACGAUUCGAAAGCAUUGAGGAGAUUAAAGGAGUUUCGAAACCCACACACCCUCCUCGAAGACCUGUACGUGCAGUCCGACCCGUCAGUGCUCUGAGCGCCAGCGGAUCCUUCCUGCAGAUCAACCACCUGCAGGGAGAACUGGUGAGGAAGAGGAAGGAAUGUGAGGACCUGAAAAAGGAGAACAAGUAUCUGUCUAAUGAAAUUCACAUGGAAAGGAUCAUGAUGAGAACUGAGAGUGAGCUCACAAUGAGAAGCCUGCGGAAUCUCAACCAGGAACUCCAGGCCCAAGUUAAAGAGCUGAAACAGAAGCUCUAUCUCAGCCAGCAGAGGGCGACACUGUGUUCCAGGGCAGCUGAGGAUGCCGAUAGAGCUCGAGCAGAGGCGGACAAGAGCAGGGCACUGGCAGAGACCCGGGCACUGGACAGCAGGCAAGAAAAAGAUCUUACACUAGCUGACAAAACACGGCUGGGCGAAGAACUACAGCUGCUGAAGAAAGAGCACAAAGAUGUCCAGCUACUUUUAGCACAGGCUGAAAAGAAUUACUUUGAGACCAAGCUUAAACUAGACAGGGCGUCAGGAGAAAAGCAGACUUUCCUGGAGGAGAACAGAAUACUGGAAGAUGAGAGGAACACUUUACGACACAAACUGAAAGAACUGACUGAGGAGAACGUGAAGAUAAUGGAAAAGGAGGUGAACUCCAGACGCAGAGCUUUGGUUGCUGAAGAGCAGAGUGAGAGGGCCAAUAAAGCCCUGCAGGAAGCGGAGCAGGAAAGACAUUUAGCUGAGCAGGAGAGGCAGGAUCGCACCAGGGAGUGUCUCAGCUGGAGAGAGAAACACCAGGCCCUGGCAGAAAUCAUCAGAGCCCAGGAAGAGCUGAAGUCCCUGAGGCAGACCAAAGCCUGUCAAGCUAAUAUUAAGAGCUACUUCCUGUGUAUGACUGAAAGCGACCAGAGGGUUAAGAUCCUAAAAAAUCAAGACGGCACACCAAGGAACUUCACGGAAGGAGACCCUGUGUAUAUCUCCACACCUGACCUCAACAGUGAGGAUUCAGAGAGGAGGUCAGGGAGAACAAUGUACAGGGUGGCAGCUCCGCGAGUUGGAAGAGACACUGGCCCAUCCCACUUCAGUGAGCUGUCACCAAUGGCUGACUCCCACGAUUCUGGAUUUUCAAGGAGAAACAGGAAAGUGGAAUAUUUCUGGAUCCCCACUGAUGAGGAAUAAUUGCACUUAAAACACUUGAGCUGAUCAAAUUUUUCCUUUAUUGUAAAAUCAGCAAUAGUGGUGAAUCCAGCACUAAACAGCCUUACAAUGACAUGAUCAUAAGCCAUUUCAUUUGACAAUUGGAUCAGUUAACAUGUUGGCAAAUGUAAGUACAACAAGAUUAACUGUCAAAUACAAUUAAACACCUGUCAAUAAAAGGUUGUUUGAGAACCCCUUAUUGACAAGGGCAAAAGCCUUUCCCCUUUAAUGGGCAUUAAGGGUUUCCAUUUACGUUUAAUGAUCAAUUAAAAGGCAGGUUAAAAUAAUCCACCAGUUUGAGGGUUAAGAUUGGAAUAAUUUGCAGCAGAUCAUUGGGACCUGAAGGGCAACAUUACUACAGCCAUCAGACAGAGAACACAUCUCAGGUACCUUGUCAGACCACACUGCAGACAACAUUAAGUAAGGCUGGGGCAGCAGAGGCAUUAAGUUGACUAAUAGCUUGAUAUCGGAAACUUCAAAUGGAAAAUACUUAAACUGUUGCAAGCUGAGAUAUUAGGUAGUGUGUUGUGCAAAACUGAAUGACUAUGCAGCUGUUCUGGAUCUUAAUUCAAGGCUAAAAUUUUAGACGCAUCAGAAGCCUGUACUAAAUAACGCUUAUUCAGGAGGUAGAAGUGGAAACUGCUAAAAAGUUACAGUGAUUACAGUUUUAGAUGUUUAAAUCAUGCACGAGGGUUGAAUAAAAUAUUGCAACCGACCCAGAAUAACACUAAAAGUGUCUACAGCGUAACCUAUGAAGGCCUUUCAACUAGGAUCUCAUGAUCAAUGUUAAUCAAUCCCCCAGACAGACUGCAAACAAAA